AUGUUUACGCAGGUUGAGAGAGAUUGCCGACCUGGAACAGGGUUACUUAUGGCGCUUGAUAAAGUAUCGUUGCCUCGAAGAAGCGCCCGGAUUCUAAAAACUUUAGAGCCCACCGAAGAUUCAGAUGAUGAUUAUGAUAACGAUGAUGCAGAACAGGAAGCACAGCGGUUACUUCAACAAUUUCUAUGUCGAAAAGAAUCGCCUUCUCGCCAGAGGGCGCCAUCAACAACUUCGUUGAAAAGGAAGGCUGACUGUCUCACUGAUAGAGAGCACUAUCAUCUCCCGGAGCCAAAGAUACCACUAUCCAUAGCUGGAGAUAACACUGGAAAUCAGGGUAGAAAAGAUGGCUCUCGGGAGACAAGUAAUGCAAUAACCAAGGAUUUGUCCUCAAAAGAUAAUGAGAAUUCGGAGAAUCAACCCCCUGAUUUGAUUGAGCGAGAUGGCUUACCUCCUCCCUCCCCCAACUGGGCUGGGGACACUGGUAACACUCCUGAUGUGUUUUCUACAGGUUUGGAUGGUUCUGGCAGGACUUGGGCUGCGUUGCCCGAAGCAACACAUAAUAGCAAUAAUAACACACUAGACUCGGAAUCUUCCUGUGUUGACACCCCCCACUCUCCUACUUCACAAUGUACAUCAUGCACUCUUCCUACAUCGGUGUCUUUUAGCUCUUGCUCAUCUUCCUUUGGAAAUACACAAACUACCUCUACGGAUAUACCACUACGGAGGCCACCAGGUUCCCCAAACCUUUCGAAGAUGGGUAACCAUGCAAUUCCAACGAGGAGAUCUAAGCGUGAAAAACUUCAACCAAUUAAUUAUUAUGCGCCCAUCCCUGGGUUUACGGACUGCGAUGAAGAUUAUGAAAUGGAAGCCCCCGAACAAAUAACCAUCGAUCAACAACCUCCCCCGCAACUUCCAAGCCUUGCAACCAAACGAGUUGAGACUGUCAAACCUCGGCUUAUAUAUCAAUCACACUCCUUUCAUAUCUUACAAGAGCCCCUCAACUCCAACCGCCUGAACGAUAAUAAUACAGAGGCCGGCCUUCCAUAUGCCUCUUCGGAGACAAGGAGGAAGAGCGAGGAAUUGAUCUCGCGUAAAGCCAUGGAAGAAGGGAGCACACUUUUCCAUGUUGACUUCAUUCUGAACGAGAUGACAUCGCUCUAUACCCUCCUAUGUGGCCAUUCUGUUCCAGAUGACGAGACGCCUGUACAAGAUCAUCUAUCCAAUGCUAUCCAAUUUGUCGACAUUAAAUGGGUGGUCAAAAAAAUCAGGAAAUUACGAAAAUUAAAUUCUUCGUUGCCUCCAGGAUUUGAUAUAAAUAGCAUAUUCAGUCCUGAAUUAUCACGGUUGAAAUUGUCAAAGAGAUGGCAAAGGGUAGUGAGACGAAUUGCCAGAGUAUGUGGCGAAUCCGUCGUGGAUAAUCGCCCGGAGGGGUACAUAAACAUGAUCGAGGGGAUUGGUCGAACUGCCAUUACUACUGUCCUUCAAGAAUGCGAAACCAUCCGUGAGUUAGAACACAGGAAUCUCAAGGUUAUUCGAAAGUUCCUCUUGGACGCACAAGCUAGAGUUCUCUCUAGCACUCCCUCAAGUUUGGUAACCUAUCGUUCUUCAGCCCCGUCUCCUCGUGUACCUUUGGCCUAUACGGAUGUUAACCUACCGUCUGCUCUAUUGCGGUCCCGCCAAAUAGGCCACAUGCGUCACGGAGGGAAAAACCGCGCCAUUGCCAGCUUACGCGAGCUACGUUCCAGAAAAUGGGAAUUGUGGAAAACGUGGAAAGGGGCUUCUCACGAUGUAAUGGUGUUAUCAUGGGCGCCGGAUGGGACUCAAUUUGUUGCCGGCACCACCACGCACUGUGAAGACAAUAUGCAGUAUAACCGCAAUAAUAACCUGCUCUUGGGAGAUUUGGUUAUGGGCUCAAUCAGAGAACUGCCCGACCACCGAGUCCCUCGCCCUCUAAUCGCUACUGGAGACUUCGCAAACCAGAACACGUUUAACAGUCUUGAUCCUGAUUUAUAUAUGACAAUAAGCGCGGUCCAGUGGUCAGAGAGCUAUCUAUAUACAGCCAGCUAUGACAAAACUGUGAAGGUAUGGGAGACACAGCCACAAGUACGUUGCGUUCAGACCCUGCUUCACCCUGAAAAGCUUGAUGUUAUGGCUAUAUCUGGAGCCGUGGACCACCUUGUAGCUACAGGGUGUCAGGAUACCUGUCCAGUUCGAAUCUGGUCAGCAACGUCAAAUAAUGCACAUAGUUGUGUUGAGUUGAACAAGUAUCCUGGUUACGUGCCUUCGUCGUUGACCUGGGGCUCAAACUCUUCCUGUGCAGAUAUGCUAGCGGCAGGCCUGUCUAGAAAAUUCACUAGAUCAACCUUCUCAUCCUCAAAAUACGGAUCGAUUGUGCUUUGGCAGGUAGAAGCGUCUUAUGUCAACCGCUUAAUGGAAUGGGAGAUGUCCCAACAUAUUUCUGACAUUAAAUGGCACUCUACCAAACCCUUAUUUAUUGCUGGAUGUUCCACACCUACAAAACUGGUGAGAUCAACCGGCACCAACAUCCGCUCCGUCGUCCAUCUUUACGAUCCUCUAAGGUCAAAGCAUGAAGUCGGCUCGUUCAAUUGUUCCGCGUUAGAUAUAAACGAAGUCACGUUCUGUCCAGUAGAUGACAACUAUAUUACAGCUAGCUGUACAGACAACUUGACUUACGUUUGGGAUCGCCGCAAUCCAUCCAGUGUAUUGCAUAAACUUGGGCAUGGGAAACCCAUUAGCCAAUUGGAUACGUCUGUUCCUCAAGAAGAGGAUGACACUGGUGUAUGUUUAGCAAUCUGGAGCGGCGCGUCUUUUUAUACCGGAGGCUCGGAUGGUAUAAUCAAAUCCUGGGAUGUUAGACGUUCCGCGGACGAUCUGAUUGUCGAAGACAUUGCCAGUUUCAGCCAUGGAAUAAUGUCUGGCGCGCUAUCUCCUGACCAAACAAAUAUUUUAGCUGGCGAUAGCGGUGGAUCCAUCCAUGUACUUUCGACAGCACCCUUCAGCCGUGAAAACGGCCAGGACCUAACUUACGAGGCCGCAGUAAUUGAUACCCAAGAUGAUGCGGAGGAGAAAGUAAGCGGUAUUCUGGAGGCAAAAAAGCUUAUAGAGUCCGGACAGCUCUCAAGGCACCCGAAAUUUGGAGUUGGUAAGGGAGUUUGCUACGAAGGGCCUUUCGCUUCUUGGGCUCGUCCCCCAGAGACCCACCCAAAUGACAUGUCAGUUACUCCUUUGCAUCCGACCAUUCAGGAACAGCAGUUAGACGGGCCUCCUGUACACCAAAGACUGCUUCUCAGCAACGAAGAUCAGCAACGUAUUUUCAAACACAUAUCUCUAGCUACUGCUCGGAAUCAACGGGGCACAGAAAUCCAACCCCCUCGCGGGCUACGUCGUACUCAACAGCCGCUUACGCCAACUACAGGCUACCAAAGCCCUCAAAGCUCUUCAAGGGAAGUAAUCGAGAUUAGCAGCGACGAAAGCGACGUUCGUUGUCGCAGAAGAACCCGAAAGAUUCCAUUUCGCAGCUGUCGGAAAGUUACGCUGGCCACUCCAUCGCGGCCCAUGACAAGAAGUUUCAAGAUCAAGUCUGAGCUAGUUUCACCAGAUAAAUCAGUAUGCAUUGAUUUGACUGGUGAUGGAUCAGACGAUGGCAUUUUAUCUCCCUCCUCACUCUCAUCCCAUGCAACUUGCAUUUCGAAAGAGCAACAGGAUACGGCUAUGGAUGACAACUUAGAAGAAGAUGGCUGGUGGCCACAUAGCAGGGAUAUCUUAGCGUUAGACUAUUGA